CGGCUACAAAAGCCAAUAGCCAUUACUCUUUAGAGCAAUCGAGUAUUCUUGAGAUUUUACAUUUCUUAUUAUAAAUUGAAAGUUUAACAAUAUAGGACGUGGCGUGGUGAAUUUUUACUGUAACCUUCCCAUACAGUUUAUAAUAAGGAAAAAAUAAUUCUCUCAAAUCGACCAUUAUGAAUCCUCUAAGCCAAAUUGUGCGUGCUGCUAGGCCAAUCUACCGCACUUUCUCCACAUGUGUGCCAAGUGCAUCUCAAGCCAAAGAAAUCCCAACUACAGGCUUGUGCUUUGAACUCUCCGAAGAACAAAAAGCACUUCAAGAAUUGGCAAGAAAAUUUACCCGGGAUGAAAUUAUUCCAGUAGCAGCGCAAUAUGACAAGUCUGGGGAGUACCCAUGGCCCAUUGUCAAGAAGGCGUGGGAGCUCGGGCUUAUGAAUGGACAUAUUCCUGAACACUGUGGCGGUUUAGGCUUACGUGUUAUGGAGAGUUGUAUAGUGUGCGAAGAGAUAGCUUUCGGCUGUUCAGGAAUAAUGGCAUCUUUGUACAUCACUGAAGUCGGACAAACGCCAGUAAUUAUUGCCGGAAAUAAGGAACAGCAAAAGAAGUAUUUGGGUAGGCUGAUCGACGAACCCAUUGUUGCCGCUUACUGUGUGACGGAACCGGGUGCCGGGUCUGACGUGGCUGGAGUUAAGACUAAAGCUGUAAAGAAAGGUGACGAAUGGAUCAUCAAUGGCCAGAAAAUGUGGAUCACCAAUGGUGGUGUCGCAAACUGGUACUUUGUGUUGGCGAGAACAAAUCCGGACCCCAAAUGCCCGGCUAGUAAGGCAUUCACUGGCUUCAUUGUGGAGAGAGAUUGGCCCGGCGUCAACCCUGGGCGCAAGGAAUUGAACAUGGGACAACGCGCGUCCGAUACACGCGGCAUAUCAUUCGAAGAUGUUCGCGUGCCCAAAGAGAAUGUUCUCCUUGGUGAAGGUGAUGGCUUCAAGAUCGCGAUGGGGGCCUUUGACAAGACUCGUCCACCUGUCGCGUCUGGCGCUACCGGUCUUGCGGCACGAGCUCUGUAUGAAGCGACAAAAUAUUCGUUAGAACGCAAAACAUUCGGUGUACCAAUUGCUUCUCACCAGGCAGUGGCCUUUAUGAUCGCUGAUAUGGCGAUUGGUGUUGAGAGUGCCAGACUUGCCUGGCAAAGGGCAGCCUGGAUGGUUGACCAUGGACAAAAAAACACACUGAUGGCUUCAAUUGCGAAGUGCCACGCUUCAGAAAUCGCUAACAAAGCUGCCACAGAUGCGGUUCAGAUUUUCGGCGGAAAUGGAUUCAAUACAGAAUAUCCCGUUGAGAAGUUAAUGCGCGACGCGAAAAUCUACCAAAUUUACGAAGGUACAUCACAAAUUCAAAGACUUAUUAUCUCAAGGGAGAUAUUGACAGCUGCUAAGCAGUCUAAUGCUUAAAAUCAGAAUUUUUUUAAAGGGAUAUUUGGUUAAUAAUAGUAAUUCAGUGAAACAACAUAAAAUGUAGCCACUUUUGACAUUAAUGAUUUAAACUUCAAACUUUUCCAAGCCUUGGUUAAUCACAGAUUAUAUUGUUUGGUUUUUCGUUGUUCUACAAUUGCAGAUAUUUGUCUAUGUUUGAAUAUGUAAUAUAUAUAUAUAUAAUUUAAUGUAAAAUACAUCACAAUGGUGUGAAGGGCUCAAUAUAUGAUAGAUUUUUCUGUUUGCGUAAUUUGACAUGUAAUGUAUGAAUGUAGUUGCAAAACUGACAUGAAACUUCAAAAUAACAAAAACUUUGUUUAAGUCUGUCAUAAUAUAUAUGUUCCAAAAUAGCUGAUCAAGGGUACUAGUACUUGUGAGAUGUGAAUCACUAUCGAUUAUCUUUGUUUUUUAAUCAUGUUAUGGGUGAAAUAUUUUGUAAAACACAAUAAUCCCCCUUUAACAUGGUACUCUUAUAGCGCCUAUAAAUAUUACGUGUAUUUCAGUCCCUCAUAUGACACAAUAACGCGGGGAUUUGUAUUGUGAAAUUUAUAAUGAUUUGUACGUACAUACGUAAUUUUUCGAAACGUAGCUUUCUCUUAAUAUUUGAUUUAAAUAACCUACAAGAAAAGGUAAAGGUAAAAAUCAUUAGUACUGAACGCGAUAUAUGGGGUCACACAAGCGCGUUAUGCGAGAAAACUCUUAUAAAGCGGAACCAGUCUACCGCGUUAAAGAAGGGAUGGAUUUGUUCGUGUGGUUUUUUGUGAUUAUAUACAUUUUUCUUUUUAAAUAUUUUUGAUCGUAUUAAUUGUUUAAUUUGUUGCUAGUUUGUAAGUUAAAGUCAUCAUGUAUUUUUGUAUAAUCUUUUCGGAGCCCAUAGAAAUGUUAUAUUUUACAUGUUGUAUUUAAAUAGUAAUGAAUAAACUCACACCCCCUUACAAAGAUUUUUCAAUUACUUUAUAAUCCUGGUAUAAAUUUGUAAAAUAAUAAGUCAGUUUUCAAUGUUUAACUGAAAUAUGAUUUUUAC